UUCAGUUUGAUUUGGUGUACGCCAGCUGAAGGUUCUAAAUAUUUUGUACUAUGAAGCUGCUGAUCCUCGUCUUUAUGUUUAUCGCCCUUGUGGCCAGUUCUUUGGGUUUGAAAAAUGAAAUCUGUGGUCUACCCCAUUCUUUUGAUGGUAAUGGUAGAAUAUCCUGCGAUGCUUAUAUCCCCAGCUGGUCAUACGAUUCCGGUAACAAUGAGUGCAUCGAGUUCAUCUUCGGAGGCUGCGGUGGCAAUGCCAACAGGUUCGAUUCAAAGGAGAUUUGUGAAAAAAAGUGCUUGGAAUAAAUAAAUAAUUUAAUUCACAUUUUAUGACCU